AUGUCAGCACCGUCCAGCCAUGGCCGGCCCUCGGGAGACUCGGACCGCUGGACAAGCUCCUCGCACACGUACAUUGCCAGCAACUCAGGCGCAUACACAGACAAUGGCGAGGGGAGCUCGUCCCCGCGGCGAAGCCAAGAUUCGCGGCCCGGCACAGGUGCAACCAACGGCCUGGGAGGAAGCGCAGCAUCGGGGAACCUGCUGGCUAGGGACUCGGUGCACGAAGAAGACUUUGCGCGCCGGAAGCAGCGCGUGAGGAGAUCUGGCGGCUUUCUCCUCGAUUCAAACUUCUCCAAGGCUCGCGGGGAGGACAAAGGAGGCAAGCGCAGCUCGCGACACCAUGGCGCCCCCGACAAGGGAGCAGGAAGCUCGCCGCUGUCGCGAGAGGUACAGCGAGACGGCCCCAGUCCUGCUGUCCCCGGCGCAGCAUCCCGUAUCGACUUUGCCGAUUCACAGGACCGACACGACGAGCGCAUGCGCCUUGGCAAGACGAGGACGAGUGCAUACGAUAUGCCGUCCACGGCCAUUGAUCCGAACCAGCUGGUACACAUGGCCCUGAACCUGAGCGAGAGCCGGAGGAGACACACCAACACCGGCCAGCUUCUGUCGUCCCAGCCACGUGUCGCCUCUGGUUCGCAGCGCGAAGGCAGCUUCUCCAACUAUGGCGCCGGCGGCAGUCUGAAGCACUAUCUCAACGAGCAACGGCGGACGUCACGCAAUAUAUCUCCAAUGGGCAAGAGCUCUCCUACCCGCCACAUGUCUACCUCGAUGCAGAGAAGCGGAUCCAUUGCCUUUCCCACGUCCCAGAACAUCAAUCCCUCAGCUGCCACGCUUGCACGAGUAGAAAAGGCCCGCGCAUACAUCGAGCUCCGCAUCGAGUACCUCCGACUACUGGAAUUCCUCCCGCCCCUGAAGCCCGACGCGAACGCCCCAGGCAAUUUUGUCUUCACGUCGACCAACAGUCCAGGCAGCCCCCAAGCGCAGCUCACUCGUGUGCCGUCUCAUGCGGGCAAACAGCAUGAGCUCGGCCGGCCGUACAACCCUCUGCAAUACAUUCGAAACCGCCGGAGCAGGGCUCGGGAGCGCGUGACGCUCCAACACUCGUCAGAAGAAUUCGAGCACGUCGAGCAAGUACGUGAUUGGGUGGAUCGUGUGGAACAACAGGCCAAACAAGCCGGCUAUCGUCGAGACGAUGCGGUACAGCUUCCCAAAAUCCAUCACGAUCACGAAGUGGGACCAGCGCCCCAGAAGCCUGCGAGACCUCACAAAGGCUGGAUCUUCAGCCCACAAGAGUUGCUUGCGGAUGCACACUGGUUAGAGCAAGACGACAACAAAAUGCUGGUAGAAAACCGCUAUGGCCGAAGGGUCUACCCACCCAAGGAGGUGCAGCAGAAAGACUUUCUAUCACCACGCGCAAGCAAAGAAUACUCUGGGGACCGAAGAAAGAGCUGGGUCGAUGGCUUCCCCAGCAUCGCAGUUGAUCAUACGACAGGCGAUGAAAGCGACAAGGGCAGCGAGCGUGGGCGCAAGCGAAGGCUACUUCCAGCGCUGCGUACUGACAGUCCGAGAGGAGGCAAACAUUCGAGGCGGGGCUCGCGACUGCGCAGCCAUGACGAUAGCGACAGUUCAGAGUCGGAACCCGAUACCAGGAGACGGAAAGCUCGUAUUGUCACUGAUCCAGAUCACAACUUCGGUCCGCUGGCCUUGCUUCUAGAGCAACAAGCUAGACAGUCGCUGAGCGAAGCCAGGCCACCCCCUGACUUCACGCCAGAUACGCCAAACAAGUGGGGUCGCAACGGAGACGUUACCUCCGAAAGCAAGCCUCUCCGAGACUCGCUGGAAGUUCCCCGACCUACAAGUGGCUUUGCAUUCAUCAAGGAUCGUGGCAACUUCAAGAUGCCGCCAAAGCCUCGUAAGAACCCUAAUCUAUCCAUCGAUGAUCCGGAGCCCCGAUCAUCUUUUGAUGAUCAGGACAGCACGGCACCAAACACUCCACAUGCCAAACGGUUCCCGCAUAUUGGCAGCGACUUAUCACCGCCUCCAAGCCGAUCUGAGUCACAGACAAGGAAAGCAAAACGAGGCAAGUUCAACACUAUCUUUCAUUCGCAUGAGCAUAGUGAAGACCAUAAGCACGAAUUGCGUCCGGACUCUGCUGGAACAGACAGGAAAGGAAGAUCGCGGCAGACCAGUGAGGAAACGCCAGACGACAAACAUAUCGGCACAGCCAUUUUAGCAGCUCCCGGUGCUGUCAUGAAUCUACUCGGUCACCGCAAGAACGAUAGUGUCAGUAGCUUGCCUAGUCCGGACAAGCUCCGCCGCCGAGACACCCAAGAGCCGCAUUCUGCUGUCACUCGAUUCUUCAAGGGCGUGAAGAACGAGGGUACAAAAGUCGGUGACAUCAUCUUCAGAAGAGACCGAGCCGAUGACUCUGACGUGGACACUAUGUCCGACCGUAACUCUGUCGACUUUGAUGACGACGGUCCUGUCAAAACCAAGCAUACCAAACGGCCCCCGAUCAGUCGAACUGUCACGGCAGGUACAGACGGUAGCAUCACAAACAAAGAACGUAGCCAUCUGGAACUGCCCUCGUUCCGGCCGGUCCACACGAUUGCCGACGAAAACUCGGAUCAUGAGCAUCACAUCUCACGCCAGGCACGAGAGCAAAAGAACAGUCGCUCGCCUCGGGUCGAUCGGCUAUUGCCACCACGCAUGGAUCUGGGCACGAUAUCUGGAAAUUCUUCCACGGGGUCUCUCACUCUUACGCGCAGCCACAGCCAGGAGCGAAUUAAUCAAGUGCUCGCUCGGCCUGGUGGUGACAUGGCGGGUCUGCCACCUACUGGACUAAGGGACGCAAACAGACAACGCAGUAGCUCUCGACCUGGUCUUAACGGUAGACAUUGGAGCAUCGCUGACGGUGACGAUAAUACCGUUGAUCGGAACAAGAACGAUGCGAACACAGUCACUCAGGCAGAUAUCGCUCGCGUCCGCGCACUCUUUCUCUGCUCAGGUGUCAAAGCGAGAGAGAUUACACGACGAGCGAAUUCUACAAGAGAACCGCCCCCCGACUUUCUUUCGCGCGCUGCCGCUACAUCAAAAACGAAAAUCUACCCUGUGCCGCGCAAGGAAGAACAUGUUCUUGCCGCGCGCAUACUAGUCAAAGACCUAGAGUCGUCGACCAAGGCUUUACAGACUUCGCUUGAGAGCUUCCGUGACAAAGCCAUCCAGCAACUCACAAACCAGAUUUCAGCUUUGCAAUCUACGGUUGACUCAGACCUUAUGCCGCGUAUUCUAGAAAGCGGAGACAAAGCUGUGCGCAUCACAAGUGAGGUAUCUGGACAAGGUCCAUUACAAGUCAAGCAAAUCACAGACGAGAUAGACCGCAUGAUUCGCACGCGCAAACGUAGAAUGCGCUGGGUUCGGGGAUUUGGAUGGAUGCUGGUCGAGUGGGCUCUUGUUGCACUCAUGUGGUGUCUGUGGCUUAUUGUUGUGCUCGUCGGGCAGAAGCGUGCAAAGCUUCCGCGUCACAUCGUCUUCCGUUUUGCCAAUCUCCGACCCUUUGCCCUGUAUCGACAUGAGACAUUACUAGUUAUCUCUUGUUCGACCACAGAUAUCAGAGAUGGAUUUCCAGACGGUGUUCGUCGCCAAGGACAGUGGCACCAGCCAUGUCCAGUCAGUACGUACCUGCAACUACAACCAGGCUUUACUCAAAGCACGUGUACUAACAUACACUGUCAUAAGUCUAGCGGGCCAUCUUCACUUGCAGCACUCGCUGCAGCUUUCAUCCCUACGGCCAUCAUUGCAACUCUUUACAUGGUCGCAUUCGUCCUCAUUAGGCAUCGCUUUCCCAAAAUCUAUUCACCACGGACGUACAUUGGCACCGUGCCAGAAAAGGAUCGCACGCCAUGUCCAAAAUCGCCAGGUUACUUCGACUGGAUUCACACUAUGAGAACCGUCCCGGAUAAGUUUGUGCUUUACCAUCAGUCGCUUGAUUCUUACCUGUUUCUUCGUUUCAUGAGGACUUUGAUAUUCAUCUGCGUAAUCGGCGCUGUCAUUACCUGGCCUGUUCUUCUACCUGCCAAUUGGACUGGUGGCGGCAGAUCGAAAGAGCUCAAUCGCUUUGGCAUUGGCAAUGUGAAGAACAAGGACCAUCUCUAUGCGCAUGCUGUUGUGGCCUGUGUGUUCUUCAGUUUUGUCAUGUUCACGGUUGCGCGGGAACGACUCUGGCUCAUUGGACUACGGCAAGCAUGGAACCUGUCAAAACCGAACGCAAAGAGGCUGUCUUCACGUACCGUACUGUACCUCUCGGCGCCUACUGCAGCCCUCGAUGAGGGCAACAUGCAGCGUUUCUUCGGAGAGGAUGCAGUCAGAAUUUGGCCUGUCACUAAGGGUGAGAAACUAGUAUCUCUCGUUUCGGAGAGGAACUCCAAGGUCGAAGAGUUGGAAAGCGCUGAGAUGUCUCUGAUCCUGAAUGUUAACAAAGAAGUCGGAAAGAGCCACAAUCGAAACAUCAAGUACGAGCAACUGCCGAAGCAGAUGAAAAAAUCUUUGCGGCCUACUCACAAAUCCAAGACACCAGUUGUUGGCAAGGAAGUUGACAGCAUCAGCUAUUAUCGGGAUCAGAUCAGAGAAAAAGAGGACGAUAUCGAGAAGGCUCGCGAGUCGAAUGAGACAGCCGACAGUCUUGGUGGAGCUGCAGCAGUCUUUGUAGAGUUCCGCACGCAACCUGCGGCUCAGCGAGCGUACCAGCAGAUCGCAUCGGCUGACGUCCUUUCUCUUACGCCUCGCUUCGUUGGGACUACGCCCAACGAAGUUGUCUGGGCCAACUUAAACCUAGCACCUGCUCGUCGCAUGUCACAGAGUGGCGUCGCCCUGACUCUCGUAAUCGCUACGAUUGCAUUUUGGUCCAUUCCAGUCGGCAUAGUUGGUGCUCUUUCUAACGUUCAAUAUCUUGCCGAGAAUUUUAAAUGGCUCGCGUUUCUCAACAAGAUUCCAUCAGGGAUUAUGAGCCUUCUGAGUGGUCUACUCCCUCCACUGGUGCUAAGCGCGUUAGCCAGAUAUGUACCGAACAUCUUCAGAUACAUCUUUACUACCUUUGGAGAGCCGACCAAGACUGUCAUUGAGAUUAAGGUGCUGAAGUGGUACUUCGUUUUCCAGGUGCUCCAAGUCUUCCUUGUGACAACACUCGCUUCGGGUGCUGCGGCAGUAGCAUCACAAAUUGUUCAAGACCCAAGCUCGGUACCUCAACUUCUCGCAGAGCGUCUGCCAAGAGCAUCAAACACAUACCUCGCGUACUUUGUCGUCCAGGCUUUGACUAAUGCCCCGAGCAACAUACUGAACUACACCGACGUUCUCUCGUUUUGGUUCUUCGACAGAUUCUUCGACAAGACGCCCCGCCAGAAGUACAAUAGCUACAUUACGAUGAGGGGCAUGGCUUGGGGCAAGCUUUUCCCGAAAUAUGGCAACUUUGUCAUAAUUGCAAUCGUUUACGCCUGUAUUGCACCUCUCGUUCUUGGCUUCGCCGCCAUCGGCCUAGUGAUAUUCUACUGGAGUUAUCGAUACCAGCUAUUAUAUACCGCACAGCCCAAGAUUGACACCAAAGGGCAUGCCUAUACACUCUCUCUACAACAGAUCCUUGUUGGAAUCUACCUCGCUGAGAUCUGUCUUAUCGGUCUCUUCAGCUUACGCGACGCGACUGGUCCCUUAAUCAUGCUUGUCGUCCUACUCCUUGCUACGAUCAUGUUCAACUAUACCACGAACCACUACCUUGCUCCCCUCGAGCAGUUUUUACCUGCAGAUCUUGCACUCGAAUCUGAAGAUGAUGAGCAAGCGCCACUGCUAUCUUCCGCAGAGGAAGGCGAGUCGGAUGCUUUGGAGCACGCGGAGUCGAGGAUCAAUCGUAUAAGCGAAAGGACGCGUGUACCAUCCAACGUUGUCUCACCGCUGGCCCGCUUUCUGCAGCCACACGUCUUCGGUAGCCAUACUGCCUUGAAAGCUUGGCUGCGCGACGGCAAUUUUGACGAAGACGAAGAACCACAAUACAGUGAAGAGGAUCUGAAGAAGGCAUACCUCAACCCAGCCUUCACCAGUAAGACGCCCAUAGUCUGGUUGGCCAAGGACAGUAUCGGUGCUAGUAAGCACGAGAUCUGUGAGAACGAGAAAACUGGGUUGAAGGCUACCGAUCAAGGUGCAUGGGUUACAGGAGACGGGAAAUUGAAAUGGAGCGUGGACAACUUCGAGGAGCUGCCAGUGUUCAAGAAGGCUGUCAAAUGGUGA